UGGGAGGCUAAGGAAUACAGUCGUCUCACUGGCUCAAGAAUUGCUGGCUAUUUCCCUGCCUGGAGACUGGGCUCUCUGGCCCUUUUUCUCACUGUUUCCUGCAAUGAGAAGAGACAGGGAGACUAGCUGCUACCCUUCACACCUGACUGUCCCACCAGGCAGUGAUCCAGCCAACCACCUGUCCAGUGGAGGCAGCCUCCCUCAACGCCUGUAAGCCCCAAAGAAGGGGGAGGGCUUUUCAGUGGCUGCUGUGACUUCUGACAGAACCUUCAAAGGGAGGACACUACUAUCCACAGCUUCUCAGAGCUCACUGCAGCCCAGACUGUACCCUCCCUAGACAUCAGCAACACCAAGGUGCCUGCCCCAGCAACUCCUGGGGCUGCUGUUGGCACGAAUGGAAACCAUGUCUCCAGCCCACCCAAGUCUCUGGGUCCUUGUGGUCCUGAGUAUUGGGUGGCUGGGCUUGGGGCAGCAUGUAGCUGAAGCAGCUGUCCGACAUCGCUAUAUAGCUGCUCAGAUCAUCAGCUGGACCUACCUCCCUCAGACCAGCAACCCAAGUUUAAAGCCCGCAGAGCCUACCUUUAAGAAAAUGGUCUACAGAGAGUAUGAAGCAGGUUUCAUACAAGAAAAGCCAAGAUCGAACAUUUCAGGACUUCUUGGACCUACUCUUUUUGCCGAAGUUGGAGACACUUUGAAGGUUCACUUUAAGAAUAUGGCUAAGAAGCCCUUAACCAUCCAUCCCGAAGGAAUCGAAUAUAAUAAACUGUCUGAAGGUGCCUCCUAUGCAGACCAAACAUCCCCUCUGGAGAAGAUGGAUGAUACUGUGCUUCCGGGGCAGGAAUAUACCUACACAUGGCUGAUCACUGAAGACAAUGGGCCCACAGAUGAUGACCCUCCUUGUCUGACACACAUCUAUUACUCCUAUGAUAACUUAGUACUGGAUUUCAACUCUGGCCUUAUUGGACCUUUGCUCAUCUGUAAGAAAGGCAGCCUGACUGAGGAUGGGACUCAAAAGAUGUUUGACCAGCAACACGUGCUGAUGUUUGCAGUGUUUGAUGAAAGCAAAAGCUGGCAGCAGUCGCCUUUUCUGAUGUAUACGGUCAACGGCUAUGUAAACGGAACACUGCCAGAUGUAACAGUCUGUGCCUACGACCAGAUUAGUUGGCAUCUAAUUGCAAUGAGUUCUGGCCCCGAACUAUUCUCUAUUCAUUACAACGGGCAGGUCUUGGAACAUAACUCUCGUAAAGUCUCGGCCAUCCCCCUCGUUGGAGCAACGUCAACCACUGCAAAUAUGACUGUGAGCCAUGAGGGAAGGUGGAAGAUAUCCUCUCUCAUCCCAAAACAUUUUCAAGCUGGGAUGAAGGCAUACCUCAAAAUUGAAAAAUGCCCAAAAGGGACCAGAAUGAUAAAGAAAUUAACCCGAGAUCAGAGGCGUUACAUUAAGAAGUGGGAGUAUUUCAUUGCUGCAGAGGAAGUCAUUUGGGACUAUGCCCCAGUAAACAAGGAGAAUACGGACAAAAAAUAUAAAUUUUGGUACAAUAAUUUGGCAAACCAGAUUGGGACACGUUACAAAAAGGUGGUCUACAAACAAUACCAAGAUGAAUCUUUCACCAAACGCAUAGAAAGUACAGAUCCCCAAGAAACUGGUAUCUUGGGACCUAUCAUUAGAGCCCAAGUCAGAGAUACCCUCAAAAUUGUAUUCAAAAACAUGGCCAGCCGUCCCUAUAGCAUUUAUCCUCAUGGAAUAACACUUUCUACAGAUGAAGAAACAGCUAAGAAUAUUUCUACUUCAGGCAACAACACCCUAGUCAAAGCUGUCCAACCAGGAGAAACUUACACUUACAAGUGGAACAUCCUGGAGUCUGAUGAACCCGCAGGAAAUGAUGCUCAAUGCUUAACGAGACCAUAUUAUAGUAUUGUGGACAUCCCAAGGGACAUUGCCUCAGGCCUGAUUGGGCUACUCUUGAUUUGUAAGAGCAGAACCUUGGACAACCGAGGUGUACAGAGGACAGCAGAUUCUGAGCAACAAGCUGUGUUUGCUGUAUUUGAUGAGAACAAAAGCUGGUACUUUGAAGACAACAUUAAUAGAUUUCACAAAAACCCCUCUACUGUGAAACGAGAUGAUCCAAAGUUUUAUGCAUCCAACAUCAAGAACACAAUAAAUGGCUUUUUGCCUGAGAGUAUACCGACCCUGGGAUUUUGUCAUGAGGACACUGUCCAGUGGCACUUUUGCAGUGUGGGCAUCCAGAAUGAGAUCCUGACUCUUCACUUGACUGGCCACUCAUUCUUAUAUGGAAAAAGGCAUGAAGAUGUCCUGACUCUCUUCCCUAUGAGUGGAGAAUCUGUAACUGUCACAAUGGAUAAUGUCGGAACCUGGAUGCUGACUUCUAUAAGUUCCAACCAGAGAAAUCAAAACCUCAGGUUGCGAUUCAGGGAUGUCAAAUGUAUAAGGGAUUACGAGGAUGACUCCUAUGAAAUUCUAUUUGAUGACAAUGUGGAAAAGGUUGUCACAGAGAAGAAUAAAGCCACUGCCAGAAACAUGCCUGAUUCAACGGAAGGUGGAGGGGAAGAUGAUAGUGAUUACCAGGAAGAACUGGCUUUGCAGUUUGGUAUUAGAUCAUUUAGAAAUUCAUCGGGACUGCAGGAGGGAGAUGAGCGUCUCAAUCUGACUGCUCUGUUUAUGGAAGAAAUAUCUGAAAUGAUUCCCUUAAAUGUGAAUGCAUCAUUGGGCACUUCUCAGCCUUCCCCAAAAGACCCUGGUAGCAUUCCCAAACUUCAAGCCACUCUUCCUUACUCAGUAAUCACAACUGGGCCUCCCUUGGAGAACAUCACCACUACAGGUACACACUCCAUUGCAUUACACUCUGUAGCCUCCAUUCUGAAGAAUCCCAGGUCCCAUUCUGAAGAACUUGUCAAGAAGGAUAUACAUUCAACUGCCAUGGGGACAACCUUGUCUUCUCUUGCCACAGAAGAACUCCAUAGCCAAGAAGAUGCCAAGAAGGAAGCCAACCAGGUCAAUGAGGAGACUCCCAAAUUUAUCACUACCUCAGCUAACCAACCUGAGGUAGAAAGAAAUACAUCAGUACACUCCAGUCAUACACAGGUAGAACUACCAACAGGUAAUGUGAGGGUAAAUUUAACUCUAGAACAGCCUGAUCUUCAGAGCAGUGACAUUCCCAACUCCAGAGCAGGAACACAAGAAGAUACUCUAGAUGAUCUGGUAGUUGUUAACCAGAAGGACCCACCAAAGGUUUUGAAUGGGAAAUGGAAUUUGGUUUCUGAGAAAGUGAGCUAUGAAAUCAUCAAAGAUACAAACAAAGAUGAGGUUGAAGAUAAGCUGUUGAAUAGCCCCCAGGAUGCUGCAACACCUUGGAGAGAAAGAAUUCCUUCUGCUAAUUGGCACAAUCCUUUAAAAAUAGGAAAGAACAGAGUAAAUGGUAGGUUCAGGAAAUCUUCAGGUUUGAUUAAGACCCGAAAAAGGAAAAGAGUCACCAACUUUGUACACAAUAUGCUGAUGUCCCCCAGAGGUUUCAAGCCUCUAAAAGAAAGGUACAAUGCCACAUUGCCCCACAGGGGCUCUAAUCAUUCACUCUUACCCCAUGAAUCCAAUGAGAUGCCAUCCCCUAAGGACCUAGAACAGGUAUCCCCCACUUUAGACCUUGAUCAGAAUUUCCCCACUGUGGACCUGGAUCAGACAUUUCCCCCACCAGAGUUUAGUAAGAUAUCCUCUGAUCUAAAGUUCAGUGAAACAUUCUCUACUGUAGACCCUGUUUCUACAACUCAUCUUCAAGAUUUCUAUCAGACAUUUUCCCCUCCAGAUCUUCAUCAAACACCCUUGCCUCUAGUUCCUUAUGAGACAUUCUCCCCUCUAGAUCUUAAUCAGAUUCCUUUUCCUUCCUCCCUCUAUGGGACAACUCCCCCUUCAGACCCCUAUGAAGCAUCCCUCUCUCCAGAUCUCUAUGAAACAACUCCCCCUUCAAACCCCUAUGAAGCAUCUUUCUCUCCAGGUGUCUAUGGGACAACUCCUUCUUCAGACCCCUCUGAAGCAUCUUUCUCUCCAGGUGUCUAUGAGAUAACUUCCCCUUCAGACCCCUCUGAAGCAUCUUUCUCUCCAGGUGUCUAUGAGACAACUUCCCCUUCAGACCCCUCUGAAGCAUCUUUCUUUCCAGGUGUCUAUGAGACAGCUCCUCCUUCAGACCCCUAUGAAGCAUCCUUCUCUCCAGGUGUCUAUGAAACAACUCCCCCUUCAGAUCCCUAUGAAGCAUUCUUUCCUCCCAAUCUCUAUGACACAAUCUUCCCUUCAGACCUGUAUGAAGAAUCCUUCCCUCCAGAUCUCGAUUGGCCUUCCUCUACUUUGGAUCUGAAUCAGACCUGUUUUCUACCAGAGGCUGGUCAGAUAGUCCCUACUCCAGAGUCCAGUGAGAACUUUCCUCCAGACCCUAGUCAUGUACCCUCCUCUCCUGUCUUUGAAUCAACAUCCCAAUCACCUCCACCCAGAAACAAUGUCACAUUGAGACCGAGACAAUUUAAUCCAGCAAUUAUAGUGGGCCUUACCAGAGCUGAUGGGAAUUAUGUUGAGUAUAUUCCGGGGCAGGACAACAAAGACAAUGAAAAUGAUGAUGAUUAUGUUGAAGACACGUAUGUACACUAUGACGAUCCUUAUCAAACAGAUAGAAGGACAGAUACAAGCUCACUCCGAAACCCUGACAACAUUGCAGCAUGGUAUCUCCGAAGCUACCAAGGAAAUAGAAAAAAUUACUACAUUGCUGCUGAGGAAGUACUUUGGGAUUAUUCAAAAUUCUCAAAAAGCAUGAGGAAGGCUGAUGAUGCUGAUGAUACCAUAGGGAACACCGUGUAUAAGAAAGUGAUUUUUCGGAAAUACCUGGACAGCACCUUUACAAUGCCUGAUCCUGAGGGAGAGAAUGAAGAGCACCUUGGCAUCCUUGGUCCUGUAAUCAGGGCUGAGGUGGAUGAUGUGAUCCAAGUUCGUUUUAAAAAUCUAGCUUCCAGGCCAUAUUCUCUUCAUGCUCAUGGGCUUUCCUAUGAAAAAUCAUCAGAAGGAAAGAGUUAUGAAGAUGAUUCCCCAGAAUGGUAUCAGGAUGACAAUGCCAUUCAGCCCAAUGGCAGUUAUACUUACGUAUGGCACGCGACAGAACGAUCCGGCCCAGAAAAUGCUGGGUCUGCCUGCCGAGCUUGGGCCUACUAUUCAGCUGUGAAUCCGGAAAAAGAUAUCCAUUCAGGCCUAAUAGGCCCCCUUCUGAUCUGCCGAAAAGGAACGCUCCAUAAAGAAAGCAACAGGCCCAUAGACAUGCGAGAGUUUGCCCUACUUUUUAUGAUCUUUGAUGAAAAGAAGAGCUGGUAUUUUGAUAAGAAGCCCAAAAGGAUCUGGACAGGCUUAUCCUCAGAAGUGAAAAACACUCACAGGUUUCAUGCCAUCAAUGGUCGCAUCUACAAUUUGCCAGGACUAAGGAUGUAUGCGAAGGAGAAUGUGAGAUGGCACUUGCUGAACAUGGGCGGUUCCCAGGACAUUCAUGUGGUUCACUUUCAUGGCCAGACAUUGCUGGAAAAUGGAACCCAAUUGCACCGUUUGGGGGCCUACCCCCUGCUUCCUGGUUCAUUUAAGACUCUUGAAAUGAAGGCAUCAAGACCCGGCUUAUGGCUCUUAGACACUGAGGUCGGAGAAAAUCAGAUAGCAGGAAUGAAAACACCAUUCCUUAUAAUAGAUAAAGAAUGCAAGAUGCCCAUGGGUGUAAGUACUGGCAUUAUAGCUGAUUCACAGAUAAGUGCAUCUGAGUAUCUGGGUUAUUGGUACCCUAAAUUAGCGAGGUUAAAAAAUGGUGGAUCUUACAAUGCUUGGAGUGCACAACAACGACCACGUUCUCCUCUGUCUGAACCCUGGAUCCAGGUGGACUUUAAAAGAGAAGUUGUACUUACUGGGAUACAGACCCAGGGAGCCAAACAGUACCUGACAUCCUACUACACCACCCAGUUCUAUGUUGCCUAUAGCUCUGACAAAAGAACGUGGCGGUACUUCAAAGGAAACAGCACUUCAAAACAGGAGUACUUUGAGGGUAAUUCAGAUGCCUCCACCAUCAAAGAAAAUCUCUUUGACCCACCCAUUGUGGCUAAAUACAUUCGGAUCUCCCCAACCCAUGCCUACAACAGACCUACCCUCCGUCUGGAAUUGCUGGGCUGUGAGGUCCAAGGUUGCUCCACCCCUCUGGGUAUGGAAAGUCGAAAGAUAGAAAAUAAUCAGAUUACAGCUUCAUCAACGAAGCAAUCUUGGUUGGGAGAUGCCUGGUCACCCUUCUACGCCCGUCUCAAUGCUCAAGGUCGUGUGAAUGCCUGGCAAGCCAAGUCAAAGAACAACAGGCAGUGGCUGCAGAUAGACCUGCUCAAAACCAAGAAAAUAACAGCGAUUGUAACCCAAGGAGCCAAGUCUCUCUCAAGUGAAAUGUACGUGAUGACUUAUGCUAUCUUCUACAGUGAUCACGGCACAGAAUGGAAACCUUAUAAGGACAAGUCGUCCAUGACGGAGAAGAUUUUUGUGGGAAAUGUUAAUCCUAAAGGACAGGUCAAGAAUUUUUUCAACCCUCCCAUCUUUUCCCGGUUCAUCCGUUUCGUCCCCAAGUCAUGGAAUCAAAGCAUUACUGUUCGAUUAGAACUCUUCGGUUGUGAUAUUUACUAGAGCUGGGGUAGAUAUUAUGCAUUCAAAAGCAGAGCAAUACCCUUUGAGUCCUCAAAGAGUAGUAGCUUUAGCACUGGUUGUCUGUUUUAUAGUUAUUUUAAAUGUCAGACUUCAAAAGAUUUUUCCACUGUUGCCUUUUUCCCUCUUAUCUAGUAGAAGCUGGGGUUUUGUCCAUGAGGUUUUCUAGUUUAUUUUUUCCCACCACAAAAUAAGACGAUAGUUCUGAUUGAUUACAUUAACGUGGAAAAAUAAUAUUGAAGGUUAUUAGUACCCAACUGAAUUAAAGCAUUGUUGAUCACAAAUGGAAUCUUGAUUGUUACUCCAGAAUACCUGAAUUUGGGUAAUUUUUAGCCCAGAUGCCCUCAUUGGCAUAGGCUAUUAAUAGUCUCAAUGUGUUGUACUCAUUUUUCCAGGAAAGUGAUUUUCAGUCAUGAACUUGAAGCAUUUGGAAAGUUGGUCAGAGAUGAGAUGAACCGUUUCAAGGUUGGCGACUUUUAAAACCCUGUGAAGUCACCAGUGAAAAAUCUUUACUAUUUUGCAAUAAUAAACUAUGAUGCAAUAAG